AUGUGGGCUUGCAGAAGAGCCCUAGGCAAGAACUGGGGCAUUAGACCCAGGGUUGCCUUGUGGAUCUACGAAACAGUAUUAUUACCUAGGUUAACGUAUGCAGCAGUGGUAUGGUGGCCCAGGGUAGAGAAAGUGGAAGCUAGGAACCUACUCAAAAGCCUACAAGGUAAUUACCUAAGGGCUGCAGUGGGGGCCAUGAAGACCACUCCAACAGAGGCGCUGGAAGUAGCCCUCUGCCUACCACCCCUGGAUCAGAAGAUCAUCUAUCUGGCCAGACUUACAGCAUACAGACUCAUGUGUCAAGGGGAGUGGAGGAAUACUGGCCUCGGACUUCUUCAAAAGCACCCUUUCACUUUAAAACAAGACCGGAUUCCUAGGAAACAUCAGUUGACUAAUACCUUCAAGGUUUUAAUACCUACUAGAAAGGACUGGAGACGGCCAGGCUUUCUCACCGGUCCGGAAGUGGACCUAUGGUACACGGAUGGAUCGAGGGCAGGCGGCCGCUUCGGGGCGGGGGUGUUUGGACCCACAAUAGACUAUAGAGAGAGCAUACCUGUGGGCGGACUGGCCACGGUCUUUCAAGCCAAGGUGCUGGCCAACCAUAGGUGUGCGGAAAUCCUAACGGAAACAAGAAGGAGUCGGCACACUAUAUACAUAUGCUCGGACAGCAGAGCAGCUAUGGAGGCCUUUACGAAGACCACUACUGAAUCGGCAGUAGUUUGGGACU